UUUCUCCGUCAGGAGAUCUGGUGGAGAAAGGAGGCGGGUUCAAAGGUAUCUCUGAUGCAGAAGGAGAGGACGGGAGGCUAGUAAAUAACCCCCGAGACUUUGGUGGGCUUUUCACUCUGGACUCUUGGGACUCUUGCUUCCUGGAGCUGGAAAGUGAACCUCGAAGAGCUUUAGAUCUCUCCCUGCGCUUGUGAGCUGCUUUCUUCCUGAUUUUAGCCGAGUUGAUCCAAGAAAUGCAGGCUUUGGCGUUCUGGCUGACCGUAGGCGCUCUCCAGCUGUUGACAGCUGUCCAUGGGGGACCCCAGCAACAACGCUUUGUCGCGCCGGACAUUACCUGGUCCCUGAGCAAGGUCGAAAACUUUGCAUGGGAGAACUGUGGUCCUCCAUCGGAACCUGCAAUAAUUAAGAGUCUGUCUGUAAGUCCAGAUCCAAUUGCUGUCCCUGGAGAUGUGACAGUCAGCGCAUCAGGGGCCAACACUAUAAGCCUCUGUGCUCCUCUGAAGGCAACUGUCAUACUGGAGAAGAAGCUUGGGGAUAUCUGGAUAAAAGUCCCUUGUGUGGAUCAGCUUGGGAGCUGCACCUAUGAUGAUACUUGCACCAUGCUGGACAGUCUCAUCCCUCCAGGCGAGCCAUGUCCACCGCCAUUGCAAACUUACAACAUUCCAUGUCAUUGCCCAUUCAAAGCGGGGACCUACACCCUUCCUUCCUCUGAAUUCUUCAUACCCAACAUGGAUUUGCCUUCUUUCCUCACCAAUGGAGACUACAAGAUGAGAGUUGUGCUGAGCAACGGGGACCAAGAGAUGUCCUGCACCAAGCUGUCCUUCUCCUUGCAGGCAGAAGACAUACAUGCAAAGCUUUGAUGGCUACACUGAGUCUUACUGUCACGUGCCAUGUUUCUUCCAGCUUUUUCUAUUCCAUUAUGACUAACAUGAAGAGUUACUUUGCCGCAUUUGAAGAGGAAGGGUGAUAGUUACUGCUCUUGUGACGGCUGUUAAUUACUUGGAGGACCAAUUGGAGAAUCCAAGGAAAGAAUGUUCCUUAUUAGAAAAUGAUGCCUGCCUAUCUAAAACUUAUUAAGGACCAGAUUAUACAAAUUAUUGGUUGGAAAUGGGGAUUUGCCUACAUUAAGCAUAUGUUUAGCUGGCAAAUACUCUGCCAGGUGCAUUGGGCCCAGCAUUGGAGCAUUCCACUGGAGGAUUCCUUAUUAGAUUUCCCUACGCCUCUUCAAGGCAUGAGUUAGUGGAAGUUAUAUAGGUGUACUGAUGACAGGAUAAUCUAAACCAGGUAUUAAAAAGACUGGAGAAGCUGCA